UUCUACUACCGGAAGUGGAUCGGUGCUGGGCUUCAUCCUCUGUUUUGCUUUGCUGUGUGAGCUAAAUAUGUGGGUCCCUGAGAAACCGACUGUUGGUUAUGACGAGAAUAUCUUUGGACUUUGAACUAACAAUCGUCCAAUACGAGGAGGAGGGUUAUUUUUAGCUUCGCUGACCGGAAAACCCGAACUGGCCUCCAGGGCGCAGAAUUCAAAAUCCAGAGUCGAGUUUGGACCUGAAGAAGUGAUGCAUAUGAUGGAAGGUCUGGUGGAAGAAUAUCCUGUGGGGAUAAAGGAAGAAGAGGAAGCAGAGCAUCUGAAGGUAAAGCAAGAAGUGGAAGAUCCAGAACUUGUUCAAGUAAAGGAGGAAGUCUGUGAACCAGAACCUUUUAAUUUGAAGAAGGAGGCAGACCCAGAAGGUGUGCAUGUGAAGGAGGAAGAGGAGGAGGAGGCAGAGCCCUCACAGAUUAAGGAUGAAGAGGAGGAUUUGGGGAUCAGUUAUGAGGAUGAGCAACUGGAGUCGUUUAAAAAGAUCCACAAAGGACUGGAACCAAGCAGGAACCGGCUUUGCUCUCAGAACCCUGCUAAAGCUGAGAAGAUGAAGCAGGAUGGAGGCGGUGAUGAAGACUCCGGAUCGAGCCAAGGCUCACGGUCAAACAAACACAGAAUCAUGGCGGCUGUGCGUGUGAGAUGGAGUCAGUCGACAGAGGAGCGGCUCGUGGAACUGUGGAAAGCUCACCCCAGCCUCUUUGAUGUUGCCUCCAAAAGCUACCAUGACAGAAGAAAAAGGGAGAAAAGUUGGGAGGCGAUCGCAGUCCAAUUACAGCUACCAGCGAAUGAGGUUAAAACCCGCGUAGCUUCACUACGGACGCAAUAUGGCAAGCUGCUGAAACCAAAGCCCAGCGGAAGUGGCCAUAAACCACUGACUCCCAAGCAGAAGUGGAUACUGAGACACUUGGAUUUUUUAAAGGGUCAUGUCAUCCACCGACAUACAGAAUCUACACUGAGACCCGCCGUUGAGUUAGACGACACAUUUGAGGGCGAGGAGGAUUCAUCAGUGUUGGAAACUGAAGCUGAAGUGGAGGAAGAGGAAAGCAGUUCGCCUUCGACGUGUCAGCUUGUCCGGAAACAAGUAGCCACGAAAAAAAAGCCAGAAUCUGCUCAAAGUCUUGAAAUGGCCAAACUGUCACUGCUCCAGCAGAUACAGCGAACUCUCGCGUCCAAUGAAGACUCCAAUGAGCUGUUUGGACAGCAAGUAGCCUCUGAGUUGAGAAACAUUAGAGAUGGAGCAGUGCAAUUACGGCUGAAGCGAAACAUCAUGAACAUGAUAUAUGAUGCACUGGAGGCAGACCGUACUGGUCCAAGCCAGUAUGCAACUCAGCUCUCCAGUCCAUCGCUGUAUCCCUGCCAAAACUACCCGCUCCCAUCUAGCCAGCCUAUGUCGUUCACUAGCAUGAUGCAUCAUGACUAGCUGUGUAAACAAACUUCUGCAUUUUAAAUCUGUGUGACCAAACUACCUCUCUUUUCCAUAUUUCCCAUUUUUUUGUUGUGCGUGCUUUUUUGGAUUUGUUUUUUUAAGCUGUAUAUGGCAAUACAGCAGCGGUUUUUCAUAAAAAUGUAGAUAUUUUUUUUAUUUGUGUUCCGCCAUCUUGUUGUUUUUUGCAGUGUUUGCACCUAUUUUCAUUAUAAAAAUUUUUAGUAAAGGAUUAAAUCUUUUAUUUCCCACUAAGGCACAUUUAUGGUUUUUAUUAUGGUUUAAGAUAAAAUAACAUGUUUAAUUAGGCUUGUUUGUUUAAAUCUAUGGGCUGCUUAAAUGGGUUUGGUUUUUAAGUACAGAUUCAACUACAUCUGCAGUGUGCGGACUAUAAAUCGGAUCUUAUUUUUUAUUCCUAUUUUGCACAGUUUGCUUAAUCUUUUUUGUUGAAUGUAACAGUUUUCAGAUGUUUAUACAUUGUUUAGAUUUACUGAUAUUUGUCUACCCCUUUUAUGUAAUUGAAAAUCCUGUUAUUGUCCCUCAAAGGGAUAAUUCUGCUGUCAUAAGCAGAGAAAGUUUUAUAGUAAUGGGUAUUUAAAAAAUAGCAAAAUAAAAGAUGUGCAAAAUGA